AACAAACCAGGUAGCAACCACCAUUGUUGAGCUUUGGGAUUGGCUGAAAAGGUUUGAACUCGAUCUAAACGGUUUCAGCGGGUUAUUGUGGAGGAGUACUGUUGAACGAGACGUAUAUGUAGCCGGUUUGCUUUCAGGUCACCCAGAUGAAUUCUGUGUUAUUAUCAGUACGCCCCUUAAUGCAAAUGUUUGAGGGCAAAGCAAAGGAGUUCAUUAAUGAAAUCGACAAUGUUCACAUGGUUUGGCUGGAGGAGAUCCAGCAGGAAGCCAAUCGAAUUUUUUCUCGAGAUUUUAAUGCCGCUCCAGAGUUGAUGCCAAAAACGCCAUCACAAAAAAAGAACAGUCGAAGGAAGCGUGUUUCUUUGGGGCGUCAGGAAGAAAAUCAAACGAGAAGAAGGCGCAGCAACCUCCGCGGUUCUCCUGUCAAAUCUCUGAACUUGAUUGCUGAAGAGCCCGUGUCUGAAGGGUCUAGCUCUAAAGCGAGCACCACAGCACAACCAAAGCGCACCACACGCAAAAAGAAAGAAACAAAGCCCGACGUGCCAGAAGAUGAGAACACUUCAGUCGACAACAAUGAAGCGGAAGCAGCACAGAACAAGAAGCAAGAUCUCCUGAACGAAGAGGAUGCCGAAGAAGUCGCACAUGAAAAAGUGUGUGACGCCGCUCCGUCUCCACCUAAAAUCCCCUCAGCUGAAGUAGUUGUUAGAAUCUCCUCUGAAGAGCGUUUGUCUGCUGAGAAGAUCCAACAGCUCCAGGACUCCCCUGGCCGCAAAGCAGUUAAGGUCCCCAUAGCCAAACCUCCUCGGAAGACGAGCCGGAGCUCAGUGCGCUGCUCUCUCAAGGUGCGCCAUUCUCUGGCUGGCCUUCGGCACAGUAUGACCCAGGCAUCUGUGCGCCGCUCCUCGCAGCGCUCUAUGCUGAAAAGAAAAGCGACUCGCACAAAUAACUCCACGUGUAGCACCAAUAUUGAUGAGGACUCUCCCAUGGAUACUGCUGACGAAAAUGAUGAAGUCCAUAGUGAAACUGAAGCUGUACCUGCAGAAGCUUCAUCUGCAGAGUCUGAGCCUGAAAUCUCCAAGGAUAAUUCACAGCUCGAUACUAAGAAGGAGCAAAGGGACUCGCCUCUUGAACGCAUCACUCGCUCCAUGGCUACUAAUUCAGAGAAGCUUGCCUCCUCAGCACCGCCGACCGGUAAACCUCAAGUCAGUUCUCCAGGUAAAACAGAUGUCAGUAAGGAGCAAGAGGAGACUCAGAUAGUUAGGCGGUCAAGCCGCAGCACUAAACGCAAAGCACCCGACACCACAGAGGACAGUCCGACAAAGAGGUUAUCUCCUCCCAAAAAAACUCAAAGUGCAGUUAAGCCCAGCAUGAGAUCUUUUCUCCACACGGUGCAGAAGAAUCAGUUGCUAAUGAUGACUCCAAACUCUCUGGGCCGCACCGGUGUCAUCAAAUCCUUCAUCAAGCACACCACUCCUUUGAAAAUGGAUUCCAAGACAAAAGAACGUUACAAACUGGAGGCCCUUAAAAAGAAGCAGGAGCAAGAGGAGGAAAGGAUGAGAAAAAUGGAGGAAGAGAAGAGAAAGAAGCAAGAAGAACUGAAAAGGAAAAGAGAUGAGAGGAUAAGAAGGGUGUUUGAGGCCAAAGUGAAAGAGGAGCAGAGGGAGGAGGAAAAGAAAAAGAAGAUUGAACAAAAGAUGGCUCAGAUUGACGGGAAAAACGACAAGCGGUUGGCAGAUGAGAAAGCCAAGAAAAAAGUGGCCCUGAAGCGUCAAGAAGAGUUGGAGCUGAAGAAGAAGCUGGAAGAAGAAGCCAAAAAGAAGAAACUUCAGCAGCAGGAGGAGGAAAAACGGCAGCAGGAGUUGAUGGCAAAGAAGAAGGCAGAGGAAGAAGAACGAGUUCGCAGAGCACUUGAGCUGAAAAAGGAGCAGGAGCGUGAGAGGGAGCUGGAGAGAGAACGGCAAGCCGCCGCUGCUGCUGCUGCUGAAAGGGCAAGAAUAGAAAAGGAAAAAGCACUUGCCCUUCAACGAGAACUUGAGAGAGCAGCGAGAGAAAAAGAAAUGCGGGAACUGGAGGAAAAACGGAAGGCGUUGGAGGAAAAACGAAAACUGGAGGAGCAGCAGAGGGCAGCUGCAAAAGAAAAAGCUCUUAAAGAGAGAGAAGAGGCCAAGCUGAAGGAGAUAGCUGCUGAGAAAAAGACCGUUGCUGGCUUGAACGUAACUGUGGAUUUGGAGAAGUCUGUCCUGAACACACCCAACCAAAAAGGACUAAAUGUCACUGUGGAUAUUGUGCAAUCCUCGCCACAGUCGUACGUCAUCACUCCAAAAGGUGCCAACAAACCGCUGGUGACCUCAAAGAACCUUGACGAUUACGGGAUGGACCAAAACAGUGAUGACUCCACAGAUGACGAAUCGGCUCCUAGGAAGCCCAUUCCUUCCUGGGCAGAAGGUCCCAAUCUGAAGCAGAUAAUUAUGAAGCAAUACUUCAACCCCCCUGAUCUAGAUUCUUUCUUUGGGGUUGUUGAACCACCAAAACUGGAGAACAUAUUUUACAAGAGCAAGCCUCGAUAUUUUAAACGCACCAGCUCUGCUGUGUGGCAUUCACCCCCCGCUGGAGCAAAGUAAUACUGGUCCACUGAUGCAGUAUUCUUACUGUACAUUGUUCUAUAAAAGCUUGAUAUUUUUUUUGUUAUUUCUAAAUAAAGUCUAACUUCUUUCCUCCUA